AUGACGGAGAACACUCAUCAAGAUCCACUAAUCCCACCAGAAGAUGCGCUUUCGAACGCACUAUAUAAAAGCUCGAAACUAGACCAUCUCUUCCCCAUCCACAACAGCGAUUCCCCCACGCCAACCGCCACCACCACCAUUGCUAAAUCCGCCAUUUCCACCGAUUUGGGUCCAUCACCAUAUCAGCCGCAAUGGAAACUACUACGAACCUUAGCCGGAGCACACCAGGGCUGGAUCCAAGCAGUAGCCAUCGACGAAACAACCAACAAUUGGUUUGCAACCGGCUCGCAAGACGCAACCAUCAAGAUCUGGAACUUGCAAAACAACCAGAUCCGCGCCACGCUCACGGGCCACAUCAUGGGUGUGCGCACGUUGGCCAUCUCGCGCAGAUUCCCCUAUUUGUUCCUGGGAUCCGAAGACAAGACCAUGCGAUGCUGGGACUUGGAACGGCUGCACGAUGCCCUGGGCUGUCAAAUUCGCAAUUUCCACGGCCAUGUCGGCGGCGUCUACGCGUUGGCUCUCCAUGAUGCCGUUGAUGUGGUCCUAAGUGGUGGACGAGACGCCGUUGUGCGUGUAUGGGACAUUCGCACGAGCAAAGAAGUGGCGCUCCUAACGGGCCACACCAACGAUAUCACUUCCAUCAUUGCUGACGCGAGCGAGCCGCAGGUGGUGACGAGUUCGAUGGAUGGCACGAUCAAGCUAUGGGACUUGCGCAACUCGAAAUGCAUCACUACUAUAACGCAACAUCCCAAGAGUAUUAGAGAUAUGAAGGCUCAUCCGCUCGAAUAUACGUUUGUCUCUGGCGACUCUGGCGGUGGCAUAAAGCAGUGGGUGUUGCCCAAGGCUGAACUACUUGAGAAUUUCGAAAGAGAUGAGCACGCCCUGGGCAGUAAAGUCAUUAAUACAUUAUCCAUUAAUCCAGUUACAAACACGCUAUUUGCAGGUUACGAUGACGGCAAGAUGGAUUUUUACAAUUACACACUGGGCAAGUUGAUUCAAUCUGGUUACACUCGGCACUUGCCUGGCUCUGAAGGUGCUGCGAUAUACGCGUCAACGUUCGAUAUGUCGGGACUCCGGUUGAUAACAUGCGAAGGCGACAAAAGUAUAAAAAUCUGGGGUGAUGACGACGGUGCAAAUGAAUGA